AUGGGGGACGAGUUCGAAUCGUCUGCCGACGGCAUGCCGUCGUUCUCGCGGCUCUAUUUAGAUCUGCGUGGCGUGUGCUUCGUCAUUGACCGGGACACGCUGAUGAGUCUGCCAGAAUCCAUUUUGCUGUGCCUUUUCCCCAAUGGCCUGAUGCUGCCAGACCCCGUCGCUGGAGACGACGACGCGAGCGAUGCAAAGCAAGUAUACUCUGUUGAUUCGGAUGCACAGUGCUUGCAGUUCGUGCUAUCAUUUUUUCGCCGCGCUCAGGAAUACUUUUACGGAACGGACACCACGCCUGGUGUGUACCGCGGAGCGGGUCUGAGCCCCCAAUACCUCGACUUUGCGGAUGCGAUGAACGGCGAGAUGGUCAAUGGGCUCGGUCAACCUUUGCAUCUCCCCCUCUUUCACAAACAGGCUGUGAUCCUACUGCGCGAAGAGCUCGAGUUCUUCACGAUCCCACCCAAAGCCAUGGCCCGCACGGCAGCUAUGCCGCAUACGCCGCCCAAUAUGCCGCCGAACGCCACGCCUGAAUUUACUCAACUCAAGAAUGCGUGCGGCGAUGCUCUUCUGGCCCGCCGCCAAAUUUUCACGGCGCUUCAGCGCAACGUGAACAAAGAAAACAACAUGGCCGAGCAGCACCUGAUUGACAUGCUCUGUAUGAGCGGCUUUGAGCCUCAAGACGAGUGGGGCUAUCGCGCUCGUGAGCCGGCGCGAUGUGCCAUUACGAGCAUGGCUCUCGUGCUGCUCAAGACGGGUGUGACGCAACCUGGCGAGCUGCCGGGCGGCGCGCCGCCCCAUGCGCCCCCGCUGCGGCGGCCUAUUGGUGUACAGCGUGCCGGUAUCGACAUGGAACUGGGCAUCCCUGUGAAUCAGACGCCCACGGACGACGAGCUAGGCGAGUGGACUGACGACGGCCAGGGCGGUUCGCUGCGUGUAAACCACCAGCAGUUGUCCACCACACAAAAACUCUUACUAUUUUGGCGCAAGCCAGCGCGCAAGUGCUGGUGGGACGGCAUAGAUCUCGUGGUGCCGAUUCGCCCCACGACCGCGACGCCAGCUGUGGUACCCCCGCAUAUCUACGGAACGCUCUCACCGCUGGAGCGCAGCUGGCUGGAGCAGGGCAUGGGGCAGUUGGUGCGCGUGUGGAUAAGACGCGUAUGGACGCUGGAAAUGAGCCUGAUCUAG